CGUGGUCAGUGAUAUCACAGGUGUACAUAAUAUGUUCGUCCACGUAUUACGGACUGGGAGAGAAGAUUGAAUACGCUCCAGUGGGGAUUAGCUUUGCAGUUAGCUCUAUUUCGUCUCUGACAUUUCUGGGGGAAAUUGUCUUCAAAUUUACAAAUAGAAUGUAGCAUUUUUCGGUAUAUUAAAAAGUAAUAUUACCCGACAGUUAAUCAAUUAAAAACCUGGAAAACUUAUUCCACCUGAUGGUUGUAAUCCCAAAACGGCGCCACUUAGAAAUUGUCGUACAAAUAUAUAUAUAAUCAAAAACAUCGUGUUUGCAAACUUACCUAUAAGAUUGUCCAUCUACUUUAUAAUGACUUUUAAUGGGUGCACUAUUAGGUAGAAUUAUAAAGCUAUGAAAAUGCUCAUUUAUACAGUACACGCACUAAACGGUUAUUUAUCGUGGCCAUUUAAACGCCUAGGUCUCUGUACUAAAAACAUACACAUGUAAAGCUAAUACUUUGCAUUUAUAUGCACACUUUAAUUAAUCAAUUCUCAUUAGAAAUAAUAAUCGGGCUCAACGUUAAGAAGACUUAAAAUCCUGUCCAGGUACAUGAACCCGACACGUAAACAGAUAUUGGAGAAUUUCCCAAAGCGGAUUUACAUUGCGGAUGGUGCUAAUACAGAGGCGGAUCGAGGACAUGAUGAGGCGGAUCGAGGACAUGAUGAGGCGGAGUCGUCCAGGACUCGUGCUAGAUCAGUGAUGAAUACAAAAUUAUGCGGAGUUCGGCCCCAGAGUGUCACGUCGACCAGAAUCAAGAGUGCUAGAAAAGAGGAUGUAUCGGUGCUCAGUCACGCUAGUCUCCUGACCUUCAGCUCCUUCGUGAAUCAACACACCAUAGAACAGAUAGCGCUUAAACUGGGUGUUCAGAAGUCUGUUAUCCACAGCAUCAAAACCCACGUGACCAGUGAGGUAGACGGGCUGAGAGAACCAAUCGUUGUUCAGAAUUAUCACAUGCUAUGGUCGUGGCGCGGUCGGAAGGCAACGAAGAAAAUGGUUGAACAGCUUCUGAAUGUAUUACGCGGAAUCAACAGGUGGGAACUUGCCGUAGUCGUAAGCACUGCAUAUAAAGAGCACAGGAGGAUGCGCAUGAGUGAUUUUAAAUGAACCACGUGAUUCGUGGUGAUAUUAUGAUACAUACAACAUAACUAUGUACUCUUUUAUCUUAAUACUACUGCAUCAUUCAUCUGGUUAAUAUAUUAGGGACAAAUAUAUUGUCUUAUGCCCUUGUUUAGAAUCUAUGAAAAACAUUAACAUACUAAAGCAUCAAAUGAAUGUAGCUAUAAUAUUGAAUAAUGGGACACAUUUAACGGUUUGUCCAUAAAUUAUGGGUAUAUAUGAUUUUAAGCAAGAGCUAGUUUUAGCAAAUUUUCAUAAUUCCAAGAAAGAUAGCUAUUACCUUCGAUAUAGAAUGAAUAUUAGCGAUAUUCAAUUUUUAUUCGUUAAUCAUGCCCAAAUUUAAUCCUCGUUAAAAAUUAUGUCCAUACGGUAUCCAUAAGUCCAUGUAAAUCAAUGACUACUGGUGUGUACAUGUAAAUACUCCGUGUACAUGUAAAUACAUUGUGUAUUUGUAAAUGACUACUAUUAAUACAUACUUAUGUUUACUUGUAUUCCUGUAUGUGUAUGUGAAUACAAACCGUGUGUAAAUCAGGGCCGUAAAUUAACCUUCAAUUUGGAGGAGGCAGGAAAUUAGGCGGGGGUCUGGGGGCCGCCCAGGCCCCCAGACGCUGAGCACAUUUUGUGCACACUGAACACGUUUCGUGCAAAAUCCUUGAUUCUAGGGCCUUCUAAGAUGUUACUUGACUAACUCAUUCUAAAAGAAAGAUUUGGAAUGCUUUUUAAGGGAGGUAUCAUGUUCUUAGUUAUUGGAAACAACAUAAAUUCUAAUGAACUUUAAA